AUGCAGUGCGUGCUCUCCGGAGAAGCUCCUCAAGAGCCUGUCGCGUCCAAGAAGUCGGGCAUCGUCUACGAGAAGCGGCUGAUAGAACAGUACAUCAAUGAGCACGGCACAGAACCCAACGGCGAGGCCCUCACCGUCGAGGACCUGCUGCCCAUCAACACCUCUCGCAUCCCGCGCCCGCGCCCCCCUACCCUGACGUCCAUCCCCGCCCUGCUCGCCACCUUCCAGAACGAGUGGGAUAACCUUGCGCUGGAGACAUACAACCUGCGGGAGCAGCUGGCCCGGACAAGGGAGGAGCUCGCGACGGCGCUGUACCAGCACGAUGCCGCCGUUCGCGUCAUUGCGCGGUUGACCAAGGAGCGAGACGAGGCCAGAGACUCGCUGAGCAAGAUUACCGUAACAGACGGCGCUGCCAACGGCGACGGCAUGGUGGUGGACAGCGUCGAGGCGCUGCCGGAAGACCUGGCGGCGCAAGUGGAUUCAGUACAUCAGAGCUUAUCAAAGGGGCGCAAGAAGCGCUCCGUGCCCGAGGGCUGGGUCUCCAGCGACCAGGUGUCAUCAUUCGAGACGACGACGACAAACGCCCUGCCGGUUCCCCGGGCCACCGCUCUCGACGUGGAGGGCAGUUAUGCGGUAGCGGGAGGAUUGAACGGGGAGGCAGCCAUCUACUCCGUCGAGGCCGACAACGUGGAGAGAACGAUUCCGGUGGGCGAGCCCGUGACGGAUACGCUCUGGGCUGGCUCCAAGGUCUUCUUCGCCACUAGCCAAGGCAACGUCAAGGUGUACGAGGCCGGUAACGAGGUUGGCACAUUAUCCGAGCACGCUGGGCCUGCCAGCGGCCUGAGCCUACACCCGUCCGGAGAUUUGCUCGCCUCCGUGGGCACCGACAAGAGCAUCGUGUUUUACCACCUGGAGACGAUGAAGCGGGUCAGCCGGGCCUAUGCCGAUGCUUCUCUGACAACGUGCGCUUUCCACCCCGACGGACAUCUUUUUGCCGCAGGCACAGUCACCGGCGACAUCAAGCUGUACAUGACCAAGAACCUUGAGCAGGCCGUUGUGUUCAAGCUGGGCGCCCCCGUGCAGGCCCUGGUCUUUUCCGAGAACGGCUUCAUGCUGGCGGCCACGGCCAAGGGGCAGACGAGCGUCACCAUUUUCGAUCUGCGCAAAGAAGGCGACGCUGCCGUGUCCAAGGUGCUGGAGACUGGAGGGUCGGUGCAGUCACUGGCCUGGGACUACACCGGUCAGUUCCUGGCGACGGGAGGCGCCACGGGCAUCACGGUGCAGCAGUACACCAAGUCGAGCAAGAAGUGGAGCGAGCCUCUGCGCAACUCGGUCGCAGCCGUCGCGGUUCGAUGGGGCGAGUCGGGGCAGAAGCUGAUUUCACUCAACGGGGAGGGAGUGGUGACGGUGUUGGGCGUCAAGGAGUGA